GUCUCCUCCGAGCAGGGCCGCCCACGGCGCCGCCAACGGCGCCGCCGCCGGCGCCGCCCCAGGCAGUCCGGCGGGCCUGGCGGCCCUGGGGCCGCCAGCGGCGCUGGCCGGCGCGGCCCUGUUGGCCGCCCGGCGCCGGCUCGGGCGGCGGCGAGAGGCGGUGGCCCAUCGUGGGGCGGGCCGCGUGGUGCGCUGGGCGACGGCGCGCGGAGGGGACGAGGCGUCCACGAAGCUCCUGGUCUGGGCCCAGGCAGGGGCCGAGAUCUCCCCCAAGCUGACCUUCGUGCCGACUGAGGGCGCCCGCGGGCCUCGCAAGGUCGUCUGCACCUCCGACAUCGAGGAGGGCGAGGUGCUGGUGAGGAUCCCCGCGCCGCUGACCCUCUCGGUGGACAUGUCGCCCGACUCCAGGCCGCCAGACGGGAUGGAGGAGCUUGCCGGCUGGUGGGGCGAGCACCAGCGCGCCACAAUACGCCUGGCGGCGGUGCUCGUGUGGCAGCGGGAGAGGUUCCGGCCCUACAUAGAUAUGCUGCCUGCGCUCGAGCAGAUCCAGGCGCCCUGGCUGUGGGACGAUGACACCCUGGAGUUCAUACCCACGGCCUUGGCAAAUAAGGCGAAAGCGCGCCGGGUCGCGAUGGAGUCGGCCUGGAACGACCUCGUGUAUGAAGGCCUCGACGAGAAGAUACCCCGCUGGUACCCUGCGGCGCUGUGGCGGAUUCUACCGGGCACACCACGCAGUGGCUUCCAGGGCCUUUACUGGGGCCCGCCAGGCGCCCCUCGUGCCCCUGCUCGGCGGGGCGGCGGCCGCCGCCGCCGCGGCCGCCGGGGCCGCGACGAGCGGAGCUCUGGGCAUCGGCGAGGCCGCGAUGGCCGGCGGCACCGCCGUGGCCGCCUGCGGGGCCGCGGGCGUGGUGGCGUCGCAGGGCGAGCACGUUGGCGCUGA